AUGGGGGGCCUUGGCCUCUUUUUGCUCGGGAUGAAAUAUCUGUCUGAGGGCAUGCAGGCCGUUGCCGGUGCCAGUCUGCGACGGAUGAUCGUGGCUGUGACCGACAACCGGUUUAUGGCCACAUUGGUGGGGACUAUCGUCACCUGCGUUGUGCAAUCCAGCUCAAUCACAACGGUCAUGGUGGUGGGCUUUGUGAAUAGUGGUGUUAUGCAGCUUUCCCAGGCCAUUGGCGUGAUCAUGGGAGCCAAUAUCGGCACCACAGUCACCGGCUGGAUGCUCGUGGUAAAGGUGGGCAAGUAUGGGCUACCACUUUUGGGUGGGUCGGCCUUUGUGUAUCUGUUCGCCAAGAGUGAGCGCUGGCGGUAUUGGGCCAUGGCUCUCAUGGGCGUGGGCAUGGUGUUCUUCGGCCUGGAGCUUAUGAAGGACGCCUGUGCGAUUAUCAAAGACAUGCCUGACUUCGAGGCGUGGUUUCAACGGUUCCAAGCUGACAGCUAUCUGGGAGUGCUUAAGUGUGCUCUCGUUGGCUGUGUGAUGACGACGCUUGUGCAGUCUUCGUCAGCCACACUGGGCAUCACGAUCUCGCUUGCUUUUCAAGGUGUGAUUUCCUACGAGACAGCGGCGGCACUGGUGCUGGGCGAGAACAUCGGCACAACGAUCACUGCCCUGCUGGCUUCUCUGGGGGCGACUACCAAUGCCCGGCGGGCUGCUUAUUUCCACAUGAUCUUCAAUUUAGUGGGGGUAUUUUGGAUCACCGCCCCUUUCGUUUUCUUCCGCUACAUCAAGCUCAUCCAAUGGCUUGUCGAUGGUGACGUGUCUCAGAUGGAAAUGGUGGACGGCGAGGAAACCUUUCCUCACACCACCGCUGCAAUUGCCGCAACGCACAGUAUCUUCAACGUUACGAAUACACUACUGUUCUUGCCAUUUCUGCCUUUCUUUGUGCGAUUUUUGAAUUGGGCGGUUCCCGGGAAAGGCUUCAAAGAGAAGCCUCGACUCACGGACUUGGAUAUUCGCAUGCUGGAGACCCCGCUGCUUGCGAUCGAACAGUCGCGGAAGGAGAUCGAGCGAAUGGGCGAUGGGUGCUCAAAGAUGCUCGACUGGUUGGCCGAAUUGGUCGAGCAAGACUCGCCCGACAAGACCUUGGCCGAUCGCCUUAAGCACCGAGAGCAGGUGCUAGAUGCGAUUCAAGACGAAGUCGCCAUAUUCAUCACCAACUUGCUGUCUGCUAAUGUGCCACACUCGGUGGCUGAUGAGGCUCGACGACAACUUCGCAUGGCCGACGAAUACGAAUCGGUGAGCGACUAUGUCGUAAAUCUUGACCGUUUCGACCGGAAACUUCGCCGAGACGGCUACCGUUUCACAGAGCAACAGCGAGCUGACUUGGUGGCACUCAACCAUCACAUGAAGGCCUACCUUGCCGAUGUGAACGAAGCCCUAGCCAAGAAAAACGAAAACAUCGUGGCCAAGACGGCGCCCACGGCUAAGCGGCUGCGGGAGGAAAUCAAGAAUCUCCGUCGCAAGCACAUGGAUGAUCUGUCUGAUGGCAAUAUCCCCCCGAUGGUGACUGUGGCCUACAUGGCUGCCCUGAAUGCUUUCUCUCGAGUGCGAGAUCAUACGCACAACAUCGCCGAAGCAAUCUCGGGUCCCUACUCCGAGAUCGUAGCCUUCGAUUCAAGCCUGACCGAUCAGGGCAAUCUCCAGAAGUUUUUGCUCGAUGGAUACGGUUUCAUUUUUCCACCGCCACCCUAUUUCGAGGGAAGGGUUACGAACGGGAAGGUUUACGUAGAGUACCUUGCCGAGCAGCUGGGGCUCCCAGCGCCUGAAGCCAGCUUGAAAGGUGGUAAGAAUUAUUCCUUCGCUGGUGCACUCGCCGGCCCAGGAAUGGUGGCCGCUGAGAUGUAUCCGCCGGGCUGGCCCAAUGUCGGAGAAGAGGUCGACCAGUAUCUUAGCGACUACACACCAGUGGGCGACGAACUUUUCGUCAUCAGCGGUGGGCAGAACAAUUUGUACGAAGCAGAGUUUCAAGAGGGCGGCGCCGAUGUCGGCGUGCUUGUCGAUCUCAUGCUUGACCACGUCACCACUCUGGCGAAUGCGGGGGCGAACAAUUUCCUUGUGACCCUCUUGGCUCCUCUAGAGAAAUUGCCUGAGAGCCUGGGAGAUCCAGUCGAAGGCAACUACUACGGACAGAAAGCUGCAGAAUUCAACGCCUUGUUAGUCUCCGAGCUGGACGCAUUAGAAGACUCAUUGCUGAUUGAUAUUUCGAUAUUGGAUCUUCACUCCCUGUACAACGACAUCAUUGCAAGCCCACAAGACUAUGGGAUGGUGAACGUAACGGACCCAGCUUACAACGGGGAGAGUGUGGUUCCGAACCCUGAUGAUACCGGUUCCGGAGCCUUCGACAGCCGCUUUGGCAGCAUCGGCUCUCGGUAG